AUGACGGAAAUAGGAGGGGUCGGCCUGCUGGAGCGCUGCGUCUGCUCCGCCCUGCUUCUUUCCCACCCUCCUUCCCCUUCCCCUCCAACCUCUGGGGGGUUCACGAAUCGAGCUCACAAGCGGCAACACUUUCGCGCCGCGCGUCUUUUCUUCGGGUUUUUACUUCAGGUUGGAAAACAAGGAGGAUUAUCGGGGAGGCUGGUUCGCGAUCCCGCCCUCGAGAACCCUCUUGUGGGGGUUCCACGCCCUGACGUCCACGACGCGAUGCCGAACGGUUAUCGCUCGGGUUGCGUUACGAUUGGCAUGGCAGAGCGUCAGACGCUCCUUCGUUUGCUCGGGCGAGCCGCGUUUCCGGACGAUUACUCGGAUGUGAAUCUGCAUAUCGGGAAGGGAAAGAGAAAGAUAAAGGGGAAGCAAACGGAAACGGAAAAGGGGGUGAUGGCUUCAUCGCGGCUGCGAAACGGCCUGCCAGACUCCCCAAUUGUUCUUUCUUCUCGCGCAUUCAUCUCCCGACCGAUUUGGUGGUUUGGAAACUUAACGAAUGCCCCCUAUCGCGUGUUGGUGCGGUCUCGAUGGAGGGGGCAUGUCCUUCCUCGCGCCCACGCGGUGGCGGGUUCGUGGCUGAUGGAGGCGAGUUGGAUUGCCUGUCGACGGCGAGGGAGACCUCGUUGCGAAACGCAUUCGGGAUCGCUCCCUCCGUUUUCUUCGGCGGCGUGGGGGCUUCGAUUAAACGCGGAUAUCCUUUGCUUGCGGCGUAUCGGCCUCACCACCUGCGAGGGUUUCUUUUCCCACCGCUUCGGAAGCCGCGUGAUAUUGGUUUGGCUUUUGUUUCCAUCCCCAUCCCUGAACUCAGUGGAGGGUUUAUUGGAAGGAAAGGGCGCUGACGAGGCGAGGUUGAAUUCGGAGUGUCCAAGCGUCUACCAUUCCUGGAGCUCCUUGAUGAGUGGGGAGGCAUUUGAAAAACCAAAGAUGUGGUUCCUGGUGACCCCAUCCUAUGGUGCUAAACUUGUCGAACGAAGCGAGGAACUUCUUCGCAUCAUGGGGGUUAACCAGCCGGUCCUUGGGAGGGAACAACCUUCAUCCAAACAUUCUUCGCGGAUUCCGGCGCCGCACAAGGGUAAAGCAAAGGAAAUUACCUCCCCUCUAACGGACGACUGCGAGGUAUCCAAAGGAAGCUUAGCACGAGCUGUAUGCGCCCGGCAAAGGGCUUUGGAGGAGAUGCUAUGCGAUACGGAAAAGAUUACGGUAGUUGAUGUGCUGCCGUUAUCGGUUUGA